GGCCCUGGCGGCCGGGCCGCUGCGUGUUUCCGGCUCCGCUGCGGAAGGCGAGCUCCGGGAGCCUUUGGGCCCGGCCACCUGUACAAGCGCGGCAGGGAGCGCGGAGCUCGGAGCAGUAGUGGCGCGAUGGGCGGGGAGCAGGAGGAGGAGCGCUUCGACGGCAUGCUGCUGGCCAUGGCGCAGCAGCACGAGGGCGGCGUGCAGGAGCUUGUGAACACCUUCUUCAGCUUCCUUCGUCGCAAAACAGACUUUUUCAUUGGAGGAGAAGAGGGGAUGGCAGAGAAGCUCAUCACACAGACUUUUAACCACCACAACCAGCUGGCACAGAAGGCACGGCGAGAGAAACAAGCUCGGCAGGAGACUGAGCGUCGGGAGAAGGCAGAGCAGGCAGCCAGACUGGCCAAGGAGACCAAGGCAGAGACCCCUGGGCCCCAGAUCAAGGAGCUGACUGAUGAGGAAGCGGAGAGGCUGCAGCAGGAAAUUGACCAGAAAAAGGAUGCAGAGAAUCAUGAAACCCAGCUCAAGAAUGGCAGCCUUGGCUCGCCAGGGAAGCAGGAUGCUGAGGAGGAGGAGGAGGAGGAGGAAGAUGAAAAAGACAAAGGGAAGUUGAAGCCCAACCUAGGCAAUGGGGCCGACCUGCCCAACUACCGCUGGACCCAGACCCUGUCAGAACUGGACCUGGCAGUGCCCUUCCAAGUUAGCUUUCGACUGAAGAGCAAGGACGUAGUGGUGGACAUCCAGCGGCGACACCUCUGGGUAGGGCUCAAGGGACAGCCGGCAGUCAUUGAUGGGGAGCUCUACAAUGAAGUUAAGGUGGAAGAGAGCUCCUGGCUCAUUGAGGAUGGCAAGAUGGUGACGGUGCAUCUGGAGAAGAUCAAUAAGAUGGAAUGGUGGAACCGCUUGGUGGCCAGUGACCCUGAGAUCAAUACAAAGAAGAUUAACCCUGAGAACUCUAAGCUGUCAGACCUGGACAGUGAGACCCGCAGCAUGGUGGAAAAAAUGAUGUAUGACCAGAGACAGAAGUCCAUGGGCCUGCCCACCUCUGAUGAGCAGAAGAAACAGGAGAUUCUGAAGAAGUUCAUGGAUCAGCAUCCAGAAAUGGAUUUCUCCAAGGCCAAAUUCAACUAGCACCUGUGUCAGCCAUUCACUCCUUUCCCACCCUUUCCCUGGGACCUGGGAGCCUAAGGGCUGGGGCAGGCAUGGGACUGGCCCAGGCAUGUGGAUUCCAGGGUACCACAGGAGAAAGGUUGAGCCUUGGGGGUCUUGUCCUCCCCAGUUGGCCUACUGUUACACAUUAAAAACUAUUUACCCAGCUC